UUUCUUUUGUCCUCCUCCCCUAUCUAACUUUGGGCUUCGAUGACCCAAACCUAGGUAUCCUCUCUUUCACCAUUUUCAACCCCAAAACCCAGAACUGCCAGUCUAUCUCUCUGCCCAGACCUCCUCACAGGAAUGGAGUUCGCGAACAGACUGGUAGCCGCAGCAACAAAAGCCGCAAACAACAACACAGUGAUAAACGUGUGCCUUGUAGGAUCCUUCCUGGUGCUAGCUGCGCGAUCCGCGAACCAACAAAAUAACAUAGAAGCUUUAAAGGCCGAGAAGGAGUCGCUAGUUAAAUCGAACAAAGCCAUGAAAAAGACCAUGUGGGACUGGAAGCAACAGCUCUUCUCCGAAGCUGAGACCGACUCCGAUUUGGUCACUGUUGCCAGACUCAGGGCCAUCUACGGCGAGGCACCACCGCCACAAACUGGAGAUGCUGUGAAGGAAGAAGCAAAAUCAUCUGCAUCUAAACUUGUAAUCUAACUCUGUUUUUCCUAGUUCUUAAAGUUGCAAAUAUUGCUGGACAUUGGGGCACUCGUGGGAGUCAAUGGGAUAAAUUCCAUACUCUAGCUAGCACGUGGAUCAAAAUGUUGGUAGAACUGUGAGUGGUUCUGUGCAUUCUCUUGUAAGCAAGAAUGAUGAAUGAAUUCCAUUUUUGAGUUAAGACCAACGAGAAUUUUGCGGUGACAAAAAGAAAGAAGCUGCCAAGGUGCUGAUUGGGGACAUUCUAGCCUUGUUAUGCUCUCUUUCUUUCGUUUAUGUUAAAACCAUCAUUGCAAGAGAUAAAUAACCGGUACUGGUACUAUUUCUUGAUUUUAA